AUGCUGCACACGCAGCCACUCUCAUACGCUCAGCGCGCAAAGAACGCUCAGAACAAGUCAAAUCAUGGCGACGACAGUCCACCCACUUCACCCACUUUGGCUGUCAAAGCUCUCUCCAUCGUCGCAGCUCAGAAGGACACGACCAUCGUGAACUUUUGGAGUCAAAGGAAAGAGAAGAUGGCGGCGGCUGCUGCAGCUGCUGCAACCCAUCCUAAUCCUCAGCAACAACUACGAAAGACCGUUCCAUCACGCGACAACACCACCACUAACGGCGUCGAUACGAAUACCUGGCCAGAGGUCGGCAAGGUUCUCGAAUCUGCGAGUGGCACGACGACGGAUGAACAACAGGAAAGGGAGAAGGAAAACGUGUCACAUACCCCAAGGAAAACGAAAUGGGUUCCUAUACCCCCAGAAGAGCUCCAAGCAGCUGCAGACGCACUCCGAGUAAAAUCAGCAAAAUCUUCUCGCUCCAAUUCACGGAGUAACAACAAACGAAACACCACCAACGCCAAUGCCAAUGGAUCAACCCAGAACCAGAACCAGAACCAAUCAGGGCGCCAAUCGACGCCAGCAAGCACAUCUCACUCACGCGUGAACAGCCGCUCUGCGAGCGUCCAUUCCAGUCCUCACUUGUUUGCCCGUGGUCGGCGAUUGCCUGAUGAUCAGGAUCACUCCGUCCCUCCCGUACCGACUCUCAAUGGAACCAAUGCAAAUGGCGGUGGUAUGAAAGCGAUAACAACAACGAAAGACGACGCGUAUAGACCGUAUCAACCACAGCCUUACCUACCCUCCCCUAUCACCAUUACGAGGAACACAUCAACGGGCUCACCGACGUACCCGUACCCGUACCCUCACCCGAAUUACCCUGGGCCUGCGUUUGAGUAUCCUUCAGCUGGCUCUUCGACGAUACCUACGCCACACACGAUGCCCGUGCCACAGCCUUAUUGGUUCCAUCCCAAUCCCAACCCAUCUUCGGGGCAACAUAGUCCGAAUUACCCACCACAAGGGAUGUAUUCGAUGCCUCAGCCACAUGCAAGUGGGAGGAAACCACCUGAACAUGCAGCACCUGUCGUUGUGUACGGGUACGAUGUUUCAACACCUGGGAAUGGGAAGAAGGCGAUGAGAGGGGCGGGUCCGGUGGUGUUUGGUUCGAUUGCGAGUGCGCAAGAGGUUACGCCUAGUCCGAGUCCUGGACCUUCUAUGCCUGUGCCUGUGAAUGUGCCUGUACCUGUGAAUGGGGGGUUGGCGAUUGAUGAGUUGGGUGUUAGGAGGAUAACGACGAGGCAUGGUGGUGUUGAGCAAAGGGGUGUAUUGAAUGGCGUGGGCAAGUGGGAGUUUGGGACUACGGGGUUGACGUCGACGACGGGGUUGGAUGAUCAUCAGCCUCAAGAGGAGAAGCUCGAGGAUAACAACGUCCCACUCAAAACAAACACGAAUGGGAUCGCAGAGAGUAAACCUUCCUCGGGGUCUGUAUCCCCGCUCGUUGGACUUGGAGUAGGGUUGGAUGCGUUUUCGGUUAAAUAUUUUGUGUUUGGGUUUGUGUUUGGGUUGAGGAGGGCGAAUGUUUCUGGCGUUGGAGGAGGGGUGAUGAAGAUGAUGAGGGUGGGGAAAGGGAGCGGGGAGGUUGGCUAUAAACUGUUGGAAUCAACCCAAGCGAUCGCGAACAAGCACCCCGAAUCAACCCAAUUCGUAUUGGUAUCGAUCAACCAACGGCAAGAAAGAUCAUCGCAAUGCUCAUCUUCUCAACCAGCUCAACAACCCCUUCAAGCUCCCAGCCUUCAAGUUCCUUUUAACAUGGCUAUGAAGCAGAGGCUCCCCAACGAGGUUAUGAGCGUGGUACUUCGCGCCCUCUAUAACAGUUACCGUCACCUCUCCCUGCGCAUCUGA